GCAUGGCAUGUUGGGAUACCUUUUCUGAAUCAUGGCGGAUCAGUUGGUAGAAGGCUAACGUCUACGGUUAGCAUAUUUAACGACUGUUUUGUUGACCACAUUUUAGGACUGCGGCCAUCUGGUGUUUUCUAUUCAAACGCUGUUACUACUGGACAUAAUCUGGUGUUCUGGGUAGUCAGUAGGAAGGGGACUGUCUAAAAAAUCAGAGGCGCUGUCACAAUGGAAUGUGCAGUGGACAUUCCCUCAGGUGAGGAUGAGGCUCCUGAGAAAGAUGACAUGAAUGCCAAGGAAGCGAAUGAACCUCCACAUAAGAAAAACAAAAAACACAGAAAGCACAAGAGUAAGAAGAAGAAGAGAAGGAAGAAGGGUGAAAAGGAGAGCAGCUCAGAAUCCGGUGCAGAGUCAGAUGUAGAGCCACCACCUCCACCAAGACCUGUUAGGACAACAAGAGCCAGUGCCAGACUGGCAGCAGCUGCUGGAGCCGCAGAACAUGUUGGAUCCAAGGAGGAGAGUAAAAAGGAUGUAAUUACAGAUCGCCAAGAUGAAGGAGAUACAAAAUCCAAAAAACACAAAAGGCAUGCUGCCAAGAAGAAGAAGAAGAAAAAGAAGAAAGAUGAAAAGCAGGAAAAGAAAUCACCAUCUCGCUCCCCAUCAGAAAGUAGCUCAGCUUCAGGUUCUGAAUCUGAAGGGGAGGGAGGCAAGGACACUGGUGACAGUAGAUACUCUCCAGCUGCAGCAUGUGAUCUGCAAGAACCAGUAACCAAACUGAGUGCAAAAAGCAAACGAGGGGUGGAGAAAGGGGCUCCCAUCAUCACACAGAAACCUGAAUUGCUGGGAAUAACAACAAAAGAGGAGAUAUCAGAUGUGGAUGUGUCCUCAUUUCGAGGCAAGGACAGUAAUACCAAUGGAUCUGAAAAUGAUAUACGGUUCCCCUCUGAAGGCCAGGAUGAGAUAAAACCAAUCGAAGCAGCUAAUAUUAAGUCAGAAGGUGGUCAUGUUGAUGGUGCAUUCCUGCAUACCCAGGAACUUCCUGACAUAAUUCCUAAACAAGAAGGUGCCAACCCAAGAGAUGACUCAAGCUUGAAAGAUCAGGUCAAUUCAGUUCAGAGUGUGAAGGUUGAGGUCAGGUCAAGGUCUCCCUCCCCAUCUAGUAGCCUGGAUACUAAGAAGUCUGGAUUGAGUCACAGUAUGUCACCAACAGCUGUUCCAAGUAAACAGCAGCCUGUUGAUGAAAAUAAGUUGGUGAAGGAGAUCCAGGUCAACCUCCAAGGGGAAAGGAUCUGCAGCUCCUGUAAAGAGUCGGCAGCUAUCUCGCUCUCUGUCCCGCUCACAGUCCCCCAAAUCCAAAGGAAGCCAUCCCCAUCCCCCAAACCUCAAAAGAGGCCUAUUUGUCACUCCCGAUCUACCUCUCGCUCCCCUACCCCCAAGAGGAAAGUGUCAAAGUCUCCCAAGAAGUCAAAGUCUCCUAAACGCAGAAGAAGUUCCCUGUCGGUAUCCCCAAAACGACGUAGAGGUUCACCCUCUCCUAAAAGGAAGCUGUCACGAUCUCCUAAGCGCAGUGGACGCAGGUCCCCUUCUCUGUCUCGGUCUCCAAGGAGAAGCCGCAGAUCUGACUCAAAGUCUCGUGGUGGCACAAGGCGAUCCAGGACCCGUUCACCCAGACGUGGUGGUGCAGCAGGCCGGCGUUCACGGUCACGUUCUGUCAAUCGAGUUCGCCGGUCCCGCUCAAGGUCCAGACGCCCUCUUCGUCGUUCUCGGUCACGGUCACCAGCAAGGCGUGCUGGUGGCAGGCGCUCCAGAUCUCGAUCCUUGUCUCGACAUCGGAGGUCACCACAUCCUAGAUCCCGACGCUCCAGGUCUAUUCGUAGGAGCAGGCGGACUCGAUCACGUUCCGUUGUUAUCUUAAAGCGUACCCGUCGCUCCAGGUCCAGGAGCCCCCGCAAACGGACCAAGUCCAGAUCCCCUCCCACCCGCCGACGAUCUAAAUCCAGGUCACCUGUGAGAAGACGGUCUCGAUCCCCUGGCAGGAGAAACCGCACUCCACCAAGGUCCAGUAAACGCUCCAAAUCUCGCUCAGUGUCUCGAAGGCACCGAUCGAAGUCUCACUCGCCUGUGCCUGGUAAGAGAAGGUCUAAAUCUCCCAGGAAGAGUGGAAGACGGUCAAAGUCCAAGUCUGUCUCUGUUGGCUUGAACAGAUCUCAGUCCAGAUCCAGGUCUGAGUCAAGUGAUGCAAAAUCUAACAGCACCUCUCCAGCCAGAUCCACAUCUUCCUCACCUGUUAAAGGGAAAAAACAUUCCUCUCCUCAGGCAGAACAGACAGAUGGUGCAAAGACAACUGGACAAAGUGGAGCAGUUUCAGCUCCAGCAGGUGUGUGGAAGUCUUUGCCCCCUGCCGCUGCACCUUCCCCUGAAGCUAAAACUGUUUUAGAUAAGCUGCUGGAGCAGUCUCAGACUCUAGACCCAAACCAUGACAAACAACAGAGUGAGCAUGGCAGUUCCUCUAAUGAAAGAGAUGGUUCCAGAUCCCGUUCUGGCUCCAGACCACCUGAGGCUGGCCCAAAUGGGUCAGAUGGUUCCGAAGGUUCAGAUGAAGAAGAGGAUUCUUCUACUCUUGUCAAAAUUGAAUCGAAACAACAGAGAAGCUCCUCCAGAUCACCAUCUCCAGGAACGAAAAAGCAGCCCUCCAAGUCACGGUCACCUACAGAUGGCAGGAAACUUUCACGAUCCACUUCAUCACCUCGACGAUCUACAUCUAAGUCUGCAUCCCGAAGGAAGCAGUCGAGGUCCAAGUCCCCAGUGAAGAAGAAUAAAUCUGUGUCACCAUCUGAAAGAAAGAAGCGGAGGUCUAAAUCACGGAGUCCUGCUCGGCGGAGGAGAUCUAGUCGCUCACACUCUCCCACACGACGUAAGCGUUCCCACUCUAAAUCUCGAACUCGGAUCCGCAGAUCCAAGUCCCGCUCACCAACUCGCAAGAGGCGAUCCCGCAGCCGUUCACCCACUGCUCGGGGAAGGCGGAGGUCCAAGUCUCCAGAUAGAAGCAAACGAUCGAAGAGCCGCUCCACUGGACGGAGAAAAAGAUCCAGAUCAGGAGACAGGGGUCGGAGGUCUAGGUCUCGUUCCUCUGAUCGUAGACGUAGGUCUAGAUCAAGGGGCAGAGGGAGGCGCCCAGUGUUUCGCAGCCGUUCUUUUGAUAGACGAGACAGGUGGAAGAGGGAACCUAGUCACUCUCCAGUUCUCAUUCUUCGCAAACAGCGCCGCUCAGGGUCCCGAACACGACGUAGCACCAGCAAGACUCCUCCACGGCUCACUGAGCUAGACAAGGACCAGUUGCUGGAAAUAGCCAAAGCUAAUGCUGCCGCUAUGUGUGCAAAGGCCGGGGUACCCAUUCCUGAGAGUCUUCGGCCAAAAGCCAUCCUUCAGCUCCCACUACCCACUCCAUCUCCUACCCCCCUGUCCCUUCCUCUACCUUUACCCCUCCCUAUGGGCAUGGGGAUGCCCAACAUGCCGAAUAUGCCCAACAUGGGUCCAAUGGGCUUACCCACUAUUCCAGGAAUGCCUAGUAUGUCAAACAUCACCAUGAGUGCCGCCAUGGCAAGUAUGACAGCAGCUACUAUGACGGCUGCACUGACCAAUAUGGGUGCCCUUGCGGCCAUGCCUCCCCUGGCCCCACUUCCAACUAUCACCAACAAACCUCCUCCAUGUCUGGCCCCCCCAACCCCAUCCCUUAACCUGGACCACAUCGAGGAAGCAAAGAGAAAGGUCACACAGCAGGCUAACAUCCACACCAUCAAGGAGCUCACUGAGAAGUGUAAGAUGAUUGCAAAUAGCAAGGAGGAGAUGGCCAUUGCAAAACCCCACGUCUCAGAUGAUGAAAGCUAAACCCACCCGGCCGUCUUGUCACUACCCUCACAGGACCGAAGGAAAUGCCCAAAAUGCUUUACAGGAGGACCUACCAUCCCAUCUUUGGCAGCCAGAUGACCUGACUGAGCUUCUGAAAUUAUGAAGAAGAGCAUCCUAAUUGUCAGAGGGACACUGGCACUAGCCACUGCCCCACUCAGCUCCACAGUUUGCUUAUAUUUCAUUGAGAAAGCAAGAGACAGAUUGUCACCUGUGAUACCACUGAGAAAAUUGGACACACUGACUUGUGUGCACAGUAGUAUGCCUGUGUAGUGUGUGCAAUGUGAGCGUGUGUGUAUGUGUGUACAUAGUGACUUUCACCACCGACCCCUCAGUGUCGCUGCUCACUCAAGCAGUCACUGUUGUAAAGACUGAAGAGGAAACAAACCAAACUAACUAGUGGCGCAAGUGUUUUUGUAAAGAUUAGUUUCUCUAAAUUUGUUUUACCUAUAUGCUUUCUUAAAGGUUUGUGUUAAACAGAGACUGCUUCCCUGUUCUGCUGUAUCCUCUUCGUUAAUUGUAGUUCCUGGUUUUAUAACCAUAUAAUGCAGAAGUUUUGGUAGAUCCUCACAUUGUGGUUUCUUUUCACAAGCCAGGCUCUCCAAGGUCACAACAAAGAGUGACAACAAAACUGAGUGGGUGUCAGAUGUGAUCAUUUUGAUGAGGAAAUAAUUGAAUAUAUUGGAGGAUGGUUGGAAGUUGAAAUCUCGUUCACAAAGCUCCAUACUGCCCUGGGUUUUUUUUUUUUUUCUUUCUUUCUU